AUGGGCGCGAGCGGCCCGUGCGGCAUCUGGUGGCUGCUGCCCGUGCCGCCGGGGGAGCGGCGCCUGGCCCACGUGAGGGACGAGGAGGUGGCCGAGCUCCUGCGCCCGGCCGGCGGCGCGGCCCUGCCGCGGCCCGCCGCGGCGGAGGCGCCGCCCGCGCGGCCGCCCCGCGCGGCCGCGCCCGCGGCGGCCGCCGGGUCGGGCCCGCGGCCGCCUGGCGGGCUGCGGGCCGCCGGCCCCGGGCGCCGUGGGCCUCCGCGGCGGGUAGAGCACCCGCAGCUUGACCUCAGCGGCCAUGCAGAAGCCCUGCCAGGCCUCAUCCAGCUGCUGCUGCUGCUGCUGCUGCUGCUGCUGCUGCUGCUGCUGCAGCUCGCCGCCGGCACAGAUCUCCCAGCGGGCGCCCUCUCGCCGCAGCCGCCGCCGCCGCCCAGCUCCGCCCGGCUCCGCGCGGCGGCGGGGCGGCGCCCAGCGCCGCGCGGCGGCGGGGCGGCGCCCAGCGCCAUGGGGUCCGGCCCCGGGCCGCCCCGGGCGCGUGGCGGCGGCGGCCGCGGGCUGCGCCUCGGCGCCGCCGUCCUCGCGCUGCUCGCGGGCGCCGCGCCCUCGCCGCGCGCCUCGCCCGGCGGCGCCUGCCUCGCCGGGGACAGCUGGGACGAGGACCCGCUGGUACCGCGGGAGGUUCCCAAGAGUGCCAAGCGGGCCCCGGGCAUCGACGCCGCCUGGGGCGGGAACGAGGACCUGCUGCUGCCGCGGAAGGUCCCCGAGGGCGCCGAGGAUGACCCCGCGCUGCCGCGCUGGUUCCGGGAGCUCAACAUCGCCGGCUUCCAGGCCGACGCCUCGUUCUACGAGGACUUCAUCCUCGCGGCCGUCAACAAGAGCGACCUCAAGGCCGCCACGCGGUGGGUGAACAACGCGCGGCGCUCGAGCGUCCAGCUCCCGGGCUCCACGUACCAGGCCCUCCUGAAGGCCGCGGUGCGGGCGGGGGACCUGCCCUCGGCGCUGCAGUGGUGCGACCUGGCGGAGGCGCGGGGGUCCCUGCCGGAGGCGGCGACGCUGACCCCGCUGGUGGCCAUGGCGGCCCAGCAGGGGGACCUGGAGGGCGCCGAGGCCUGGCUCCGGCGCGCGAGGCGGGCGGGCGCGGCGCCGAAGAUUGAGGUCUACAACAGCCUCAUCUCCGCGGCCUGCGGGUGCGGCGACGCCGUCGCCGCCUGGGGCUGGUUCGAGGAGGCCUGCUCCGCCGACGGCGUCAGGCCGAACCACGCGACGUUCGCCCUGCUGAUGGACGCCGCGGGGAGGCACGGCGACCUCGAGACGGCGGGCAGUUUCUUCGAUAAGGCGCUUGAGAUGGGCAUAGCGCCGGGGAUCUACUUCUACAACAUCAUGAUCUCCCGCGCCGUCAAGAAGGGUGACGUGGCCACGGCGGAGAGCUGGUUGGAGAGGGCAAAGCAGGCGGGCGUGAGGCCGAACGUGGCCACCUUCACCGCGUUCGUGGACGCCGCCUCGAAGGCCGGCGACCUGGAGGCGGCGAAGCGGUGGUUCGACGAGGCGUGCGAGGCGGGAGUCGAGAGGGACGCGUUCUUAUAUUCCGCGGUCAUCGACGCCGCGGCGCGGCAGGGUGACCUCGGGGCUUGCAAGGGCUUCUACGACCGCGCCGUGCAGGAAACCCUGACGCCACGGCAGCUGGUCGGCCCUGCCGGCGAGCCAGCAGAGCAGCCGCAGGCUGACCUGAACUGA